AUGCACACACUAACCCGUUGGCAGAGCCAAAUUCCCGAUCAAGAACAGUAUUAUCAUCCAUUUUAUAGUGUCAUUGUUUCAGAUGUCAGAAGAACGGAUAGAAACCAAUCCCUGUUCACGAAUGACGGACCAGCACAUAAAGCACUUCAAGAAGUAUUGAUCUGCUAUGCAAUUUUGGUUGCUGAUGUCGGAUAUAUCCAAGGAAUGAGUGAUUUAGCAGCAGCAUUAAUGCAAAUUUAUUUCAAAAAAGUGACAGAUGAAAAAGUGACAUUAUAUAAUGAUUCAGAAGUUGAAUUCAAUAAAGCAACUAACCUUAUUUUCUGGUCAUUCUAUGGGUUAUUGAAACUUACUGGAAAUGACUUACUUUUCAAGAAUAUGGAUUCAAACAGGAAUUUCAUUGCUGAAAGAGCAUUUUCUCUUUUGCAAUCACAUAUUUCGCCAGUUUCCAAAUGGCUUUUGAGUGUUCAACAAGAGAAUUUGCUGUUCACGUUAUCACCUACAUUGCUUCUAUUAAGAAGAUGGUUCCCUCUCCAAACAUUGUUCAUUAUUUGGGAUAGAUUAUUCUGCCACCAAGAUCCUCUUUCUUAUUUGAGAUUUUUGAUGACAGCUACCGUCGCUUUGACAUUUCCAUAUAUAUGUAUGCAAGGUUCGUCAGGUGGCGAUGUAUCAGCUGGAUACAAUAAAUACCUUUCUACACUGAAACCUGAACGAAUUCUUCAAGUUGCUGAUGCUUUGUUGGCAAAAGUCAAAGUAGAUAUGAUGCACACGCAAUGGAUCUUCAUGAAAUAUCCAGAAGAACCAUUGGAGACAGAAUAUAAUCCUAAAUUCAUUAAAAUUGUUUGA